CAAGACAGGAUGGGGCUGCCUCCAGGAUGGAAGGCGUACAAGACGGCUGACGGCAAGGAAUACUACUACAAUGAAGAAACCAAAGUGACGCAGUGGGACCGCCCCAAAGCACCAACAUCGUCGGCCGCAAUGUCGUCGGGAAAGACGACGUCGUCCGAUCCAGUGUUGACUCGUCCAUUGGGAGGUGGCGGAGGUGACCGUGGCGGCCUCUUGGCGCAAAUUGCCCAAGGCACCAAACUCAAAAAGACAGUAACGAGAGAAAGCUCCCCUCUUGACGCGGUCAAGGCGUCGUCAUCCUCGUCAUCAUCCUCAUCCAGUAGUUCCGGAGGUGGCAAUCCUCUCUUUGCAGCUAUCGCGCAAGGAGCCGCUGGACUGAAAAAGACGACUCAUCGGACGCCGUCGAUCCGCGCCAGCGAACAACCCAGUCCCACGGAAUCGUCAACAUCGUCUGGAGGAUUUGCCGAAAUCAUGCGAAAGAAUCGCGAAGCUGCAGCGAAAAAAGCUGGAUCUACUGACGCACCCAGCACAAGGAGUGGCAACCUCAGUCCGGUGCCGCAGUCAUCGCUCUCAGAAGCGGCGUCCGUGGUGCGGCAAUCACUGGCGUCCAUGGCUCCAGCAUCUUCGUCUGGCGAGUUCGCGGACCAGUUGACCCGAAUCGAAGCCAAACUGGACAAGCUUUUAGCUCACUUGAACAUUGCUGAUUGAGCAUAACGCCAGUGAAAUAGAUGAUGGUCGGCUGUCAUGCGCUCACUUGCUACCACGUAAGUCUACAUCUCGACUGUCCACUCGAUGACUGAGUUCGAUUGGAUUUACAUGCUAUUCAUGUGUGUCCUACGAACUGGUUUGGCAUGCAUAAUGCAGCAAGGUUC